CCCUCUGCCCUCCCCCGCGGCUUUCCCGUAACUCCCGCCCCUCGGCGCUCGCCCCGCAGCUGAUUCAUAGCCCGGGCGCGGGGCCGCCCCUGCACGUCCACACCGGCGUCCGCACCCGCGGGCCCGCGCCGCCCAGGACCCGGCUUGAGCCGUCCGCCCGCCCGCCGGAAAAUCAGAACCUAUGGCUGUCUUUCAGAUAACAUUCCUCUUGGCAUUGCUGUCCUUGAGAACUUACCAGACCAAAGUCUUCUCUGAACCUUUGCCAUUGGCCCCUGAAUCACUGGAAGUUUCUGUCAAUUCUACACAUCAGUGUUUGCAUUUACAAUGGAGUGUCCACAACCUUACUUAUCAUCAGGAAUUAAAAAUGGUUUUUCAGAUAGAAAUCAGUAGAAUUAAAACAUCUAAUGUCAUCUGGGUGGAGAACUAUAGCACCACUGUGAAGUGGAACCAGGUUCUGCGUUGGAGCUGGGAAUCCAAGCUCCCUUUGGAAUGUGCAAAACACUUUGUAAGAAUGAGGAGUGUGGUGGACGAUGCCCAGAUCCCUGAGCCGAAGUUCUGGGGUGAUUGGACUUCGUGGGAGGAAGUAGAUGUGCGGCGUUCUCUUGGACCCGAUCCAUUGUUCGUUUUCCCUAAGGAUAAGCUGGUGGAAGAAGGCUCCAAUGUCACCGUUUGUUACGUUUCUAGGAGCCAUCAAAAUAACAUAUCCUGUUAUUUGGAAGGCAUACUGAUGCACGGAGAACAACUUGAUCCUAAUGUCCGUGUGUUCCAUGUGAAUAAUGUUCCUUUCAUUAGGGAAACUGGAACAAAUAUCUAUUGUAAGAUGCACCAAAGAGACGUUAUAAAAGGCAUCAUUCUCUUUGUGUCGAAAGUAUUUGAGGAGCCCAAGGAUUUUUCUUGUGAGACCCGGGACUUGAAGACUUUGAACUGUACUUGGGAUCCUGGGAACGACACUGGCUUGCUCACACAGCUUACCCCCAGCUACACUUUGUUGGAAUCAUUUUCUGGGAAAAAGGCAAUCUGUACGCACAAAACCUGGUGUAAUUGGCAAGUAGCUCCAGACUCCCAAGAAAUGUACAACUUCACACUCACGGCUGGAAAUGACUUGAGGAAAAGAAGUGUUCAUCUUCUUUUCAACCUGACUCAUCGAGUUCACCCAUUGGCUCCCUUUAACGUAGUCUUUAAAAAUGUAAGCACCACAAAUGCCACCAUGGCCUGGAGGAUCAACUCUGUUGGGAAUUAUUCCACACUGUUGUGUCAGGUUGAAGUCUAUGGUGAAGGAAAAGUGAUACAAAAGCAGAAUGUUUCCGUCAAGGUGAAUGGCGAGCACUUGGUAAAGAAUCUGGAGCCCUACACAGAAUACGCGGCCCAAGUGCGCUGUGCAUAUGCCAGCCACUUCUGGAGAUGGAGUGAAUGGACUUGUCACAACUUUACCACGGCUGAAGCUGCUCCCUCGGAAGCUCCUGAUGUCUGGAGAAAUGUGAAGUCAGUGCAGGGACAUUGUGUUGUGACUUUAUUCUGGAAGCCACUAUCAAAAUUGCAGGCCAAUGGGAAGAUUCUGUUCUAUAAUGUAGUUCUAGAACAUCUAGACAGACCAUCCACCUUGAAGCUCCUCUCCAUUCCUGCCCCGGCCAAUGGCACAGAACUAAUCCUUGACCAGUGUUCUUACGAGAUCCACGUCACUGCUAAUAACAGUGCGGGCUCAUCCCCUGCUUCGGUCGUCAUGGUGUCCAGAGACCCUGGAAGCAAAGAUGUUGGAGAAGAAAGAGUUAAAGGCACAAAGCGCGGAUUCGCUCUGUCUUGGAAACCCCAGCCCAGAGGCGUCACAGGCUACGUUGUGGAGUGGUGCCAGUGCCCUGGGGACCCGCUCUGUGAUCUCCGGUGGAAGAGCCUGGGUCCCAAUGCCACAAGCACACUUGUCAGCUCAGAUGCGUUUAGACCAGGGGUCCGAUACAACUUCAGAAUUUAUGCAAUUUCUACAGAAAGGAUUCCUUAUUUAUUAGAGAGAAAAACAGGAUACUCUCAGGAACUGGCUCCUUCCGACAACCCUCAGGUGCUCACGAGUAACCUGACCGCCUCCUCCUUUACUCUGAGCUGGAAGGAUUAUCCCGCCGAGUCGCAACCCGGUUUUGUACAAGGAUACUCCCUCUAUCUGAAGUCCAAGGCUCCGCGGUGCCUCCCGGGAUCGGAGAAGGCUGUUCUUCCAGAAAAUUCAGUAUGUUGCAAAUACAAAAUUGACAACCCCAAACAGAAGACAUUUGUCGUGGAGAACCUACAGCCGGCGUCCUUCUAUGAGUUUUUCCUCACUCCGUACACCAGUGUUGGUGAGGGCCCCCUGGGCGCUUUCACAAAGGUCACAACUCCGGACGAAUACUCCCAUAUACUGAUACGUAUCCUACUCCCCAUGAUUUUCUCCAUUUUGCUCAUCAUGAUCUUAUGCUACCUGAAAAGUCAAUGGAUGAAGGAGAAGUGUUACCCUGACAUUCCAGAUCCUUACAAGAGCAGUGUUCUGUCAUUAAUAAAAUCCAAGGAGAACCCUCGCCUAACAAUAAUGAAUGUCAAGGACUGUGUUCCAGACGCUAUUGAAGUUGUAAACAAGCAGGAAGGCACUAGGAAGUCACUCACAGACACUGAACCCGCCAAGCACUCCUACCUUUACGUCCUCCCGACAGAGAAGCGCUACCCCGGGCCAGGGCCCUGUAUCUGCUUUGAGAACUUCACCUAUAACCAGGCAGCUUUGGACUCUGCUGCUUGCGGCCACGUCCCAGCACCCUCUGAAGCGCAGCCAAAUCAGCUGGGACUGGUGACAUCAUCCGAACAUGUACUAAAGGCACUAGGGAAAAACUAUGUCAACUCCCUGGGGGAAAUCCCAGCUGGAGAGACUAAUAUGAAUUAUGUGUCCCAGUUGGCCUCACCCCUGUGUGGAGACCAGUCCAGUCUCCCCACGAAUCCACCAGAGCCAGUACUGUGUUCAGAGUAUAAAAUGCAAAUGGCCAUCCCCGUGGGCCUGGCCUCUCCUCCCUCGAUUCCCCUUUUAGAUGAGGGUGAGCACUAGCACUAAAAGCCGUAUACACCCAACUCAUGCCUUUCUGCCAUGUAGACACGAACGGGAGCAUGCCGUUCUGUCACCAGAUGCCUCGGCACGUAAACCCACUGAGUGGUCCCGGGGGGCAUGAGACCGCUACAGAUGGCUUAGCGCGGUUUCAGAGGUCAGAAGCCAUGGAACUUAGCAUUCCUCCGUGGAGCAGGCUUGCGUAGACACGGCAGGCUCACAGGGCCGGGCUCCCCUUGGGGCUGUGUGUUCCAGGCUCGCCUCUAGAACGGCAGGCCUGGCACUUGACACAGCGAUAGACCCCACCCACUCGGCCCUGGCUGGGGUGGCUGUGGUCCCGCAAGUUCAAGUUUUAGUGAGGAAGUAUUUCCCUUAGGUUUUACCCCCACGUUCAGCAUCUUUAGGGUAAAGGAACUAGGUUUAAGGUCUUAAUAAAGGCCACAGAAGAUCCGACACUAGAGCAUGAAUUGUCAAUGUUAGUUUAUUCUGGGUGUAUUUAAUGAAAAAAGUCACGGAUGUUCGAGCGUAAAGCAGAUUCUAGACUUGCCUUGAGUGGUGAUGACCUGUAGCUCACGAGGCAGUUAAAUGAACUCCGCCGGGGGGGGCGCAGCCCUUAGAUGGGUAGGACCCCUGCCUGACCAGGAAGACCCCACAGUGCCUUUCCGCUGAGCUUACUACAGACACGGGGAGAGCGGGACUGGCGAGGGCCCCUUACUGUAGGGAUAACAGCACUCCAACUUGGUAGACGUCUUUGUCUUUGACCAUGAUUUUUGACAGCUACCUCAGAAUAGAAACAAGAAAAUGUUAUUCCAUUCUCAUUUUCUAACUCCUCUUUUCUUUUUUUCAACUACUGCUAUAUAUAAAUGACCUGUUUUCAUUUGGUACCCUUUGGGCUUUGCAGUCUGGGUCAGAAAACACCAUGUCUUCAUUUAUAUUCCUGAUAUGCUAACAUCCUCAAUAAAGUGCGCUGGCCAUGGCUUAGCCAUAACUGCACAAAGCUA